AUGAGUAUGUGGGACAGUAAUUCACAUGAAAAGGAAACAAAGCAUUUUGAUAUUUGCACCCCCAAACAAAGUGCAGGUCGUGUUCUUUUGAAAUCAUCUUUGUUUGCAAGGAACAGAGAAAAAAGGAAGGAAAUGAAACAAAGUGACAAAGAAAUUGUGCUGUUAAGACCUGGAAUGGUUCAUUUGAAAGGUUACAUUUCUUUAACCGAUCAAGUUAAGAUAGUGAAAGUAUGUAGGGAGUUAGGGUUAGGUGAUGGAGGGUUUUACCAACCUGGUUAUAAGGAUGGGACUAAGUUGCAUUUGAAAAUGAUGUGUCUUGGUAAAAAUUGGGAUCCUCAAACAAGGCAGUAUGGAUGUCAGCGGCUGUCAGACGGGUCUGUUUCGCCAAAAAUUCCUGAUGAAUUCUUGACCUUGGUUCACUCUGUAAUCAAAGAUUCACAUUCGCUCAUCGAACCCGCUAGCUCCAAACCGCUUCCCGUGAUCUCACCCGACAUUUGUAUUGUCAAUUUUUACGAAAAAAAUGGUCGACUUGGUCUUCAUCAGUACAAGGAUGAAAGUGAUGAGAGAAUGCCAGUGGUGUCAUUCUCUAUUGGAGACCCAGCAGAGUUUUUGUAUGGUGAUGAAAGGGAUGUCGACAAGGCAAAGAAAGUCGUUUUGGAAUCUGGGGAUAUUUUGAUAUUUGGUGGCAAAGCUAGAAAUGUCUUUCAUGGCAUUAGUGCUAUUAAGCCAGACACUGCCCCUAGCAGGUUGCUUGAAGAAACUAAUCUCUGUAAACCUGGCCGAUUGGAACUAUCUUUUAUAAAGCUCGUUUCUGGUCUUGGUCAAGGAUCUCCAUUCAGCCACGGUCUUCUCACUCCACCACCACCACCACUCUUCCCACAGAUUGCUACAAGGUGGAUUUCUUGGCACCCUUCUAGGGAGGAUUGUUUUGUCCUUAACGUGGAUGGGAGCUGCCUUGGUGAUUCGGGGCGUGCUGGUGCUGGAGGCCUAAUUAGAAAAGGUGAUGGUAGUUGGGUGAUUGGUUUCAGUUGCUUCCUUGGGAUAGCCGAUAACAACUAUGCAUAA